AUGGAGCACAGGAAGAAUGAUCCACAGUCAGAGUUUAUCUACUGCUGUGGAGCCGUCACAGAGCUGCUAACAUGUGGAGCCAGUCACUUGUUUUCAGAACACAAGCUGCUUUUUCUUAUCAUCCCAGGGAACCCGGGUGUAGUUGGGUUCUAUAAAACUUUCAUGCAGACGCUUCACAGUUCGUCGGGGCACCCAGUGUGGGCUCUGAGCCAUGCUGGACAUUGUGCCCCGCCCUACUCCAUGGACAUGGUGGAAGAUGCCUCAGCAGCAGAGAGGGACGAUGUGUUCGGCCUGAACGGACAGAUCGAGCACAAGCUGGCCUUCCUCAGGGAACGCGUUCCCAGAGAAACCGGUUUGGUUCUGGUGGGCCACUCCAUCGGUUGUUACAUCAUCCUGGAGAUGAUAAAGAGGAACCCUGAACUUAAGGUCUUGAAGGCCAUCAUGCUGUUUCCCACCAUCGAACGGAUGGCUCAGAGUCCUCAGGGGAAGGUCAUGACCCCUGUGCUGUGCCAGAUGCGUUACCUGGCCUACCUGCCGGUCUUCUUCUUCUCUCUGCUGCCGGCCAGCCUCCGAUCGUUUCUGGUCAAACUGACGCUCGGCCACAUCUCGUCUCUGGAUCAGUGUAUCAUCCCACCCUGUGUGGAGCUGCUCAGUGGAGACUGUGCAGCCAAUUCUAUCUACAUGGGGGGUCAAGAAAUGAAGAAAGUUGUGGAACGAGACAACAUAACUAUCAAGAAAAACCUUGAUAAGCUCAUAUUUUAUUACGGAGUCGUGGAUCACUGGUGCCCUGUGAGUUAUUUCCACAACAUCAAGCAGGACUUCCCACAUGGAGACUUCAGACUGUGUGAAAAAGGUUUCCGCCACGCCUUCGUCCUGGACGCGGGGCGAGAAGUGGCUGAAAUGGUUGCUGAAUGGACCCGCCAUCUUUGAGAGCGAGAGCCGU